GUACUUCUCACACUCUCUCUCUUCCUCUCCACUGUAUUUUUUUUAGACAGAGAGAGUGUAGAGAGAGAGAGCAGAGAAAAAGAAAAAGAAAUAAUAAAGUAAGAUACAUUUGAAGAGUAGGAAGGAAUGAGUAAAGCAAAAACCUUCGUUUUCGUUUUCUUCUUCUCGUCAUUGUUGCCGAGGUUUCUUCAGGUCAAAUAGAUUAAUAAAGAAAUUAAUUUUGGAAAAACCUAUUUGCGAAAGCUAGGAGAACUGUGUUAAUCUCAUAGACCCAGAAGGAGAAAGGAUUUUCUUUUAAGAGAAGAAGUUCGAGAAAGCGAAAUGCUUGUGCCCAUUUGAAACUUCCAUUAGAUAAUCCGAUUAAGCAAUCGAAGAUCUCUGUUACUAUUUUGGGAGGAGUGCUCAAGUGUUGGUGCAUUUUGUUAUUGAGGAGGGUUUUUAGUACUGAGAUCCGGUGCUUUAGCAUUGACGAAGAUUCUGUACUGAAACUAUAUUGAGAGGAUCUCUGGGCUUCUGGAAAUUACAACUGGGUAAUGAGGAGGACGUCGAAGAUAUAGGAUAAGUACAGAGAGUCGAAAAUGAAACCUGACACCCCUCUUGAUUAUGCUGUGUUCCAGUUGUCACCGAAGCGAUCACGAUGUGAAUUGUUGGUCUCUGGCAAUGGAAACACUGAGAAACUUGCAUCAGGAUCAGUCAAACCAUUUGUAUCCCAUUUAAAGGUUGCAGAAGAGCAGGUUGCACUUGCAGUUCAGUCAAUUAAACUUGAAGUUGAGAAAUAUAAAAAUGCAGAGACCUGGUUCACUAAAGGAACACUAGAAAGGUUUGUUCGCUUUGUUAGUACACCGGAGGUCUUGGAACUGGUUAAUACAUUUGAUGCAGAAAUGUCUCAAUUGGAGUCGGCUCGAAGAAUAUAUUCUCAGGGUUUGGGAGAUCAAAAGGCUGGAGCAUCGGGUGGGGAUGCAACUGGGAUCACAGCAGCUGCGGAUGCAACAAAGAGAGAGCUAUUAAGAGCUAUUGAUGUACGGCUUACUGCAGUUAGGCAGGACUUAACCACAGCUUAUGCUCGUGCAUCUGCUGCUGGUUUCAACCCUGAUGCAAUUUCUGAUCUCCAAGUCUUUGCAGAUCGAUUUGGUGCCCACCGUUUGAACGAAGCUUGUUCCAAAUUUAUAUCUCUAUGUCAAAGAAGACCCGAUGUAAUCAACCAAUGGAUGCAAGGUGGUGAUGACAGAGCCGUAAGAUCAUCUUAUGGGUCUGACAUGUCCAUCGAGGACCCCACCGAAGACUCGUCUGGCCCCCAAAACAAGAGCCAGCAACAACUGGAUUCAUCCCGAGCACACCUGGAACAAUCAAGACUUGCCACUUGUCAGCAACCCACCUCCUCUUCUCCUACAAUAAACAACGUGAACGGAAAAAACGAAGUGAAAGAAGAAGCCCCCCACCAACUGUUAGAGAAGGAGAAGGAGGAGGCUCUGACCGAGUCAUCUUCUCCUGCUCCAGUGGGUCAGCAUAUCAGGCGGCUGAGCGUCCAGGAUCGUAUCAACCUUUUUGAGAACAAGCAGAAGGAGCAAUCUAGCAGCACCGGUAGUGCUGGAAAACCUGUUGUUGGCAAGUCAGUGGAACUCAGGAGGCUCUCCUCGGAUGUGUCAUCAGUGCCUGUUGGGGUUGAGAAGGCUGUUCUGCGAAGAUGGAGCGGCACAAGCGACAUGAGUAUUGAUUUGAGCGCUGAGAAGAAGGAUACAGAUAGUCCCUUGUGUACGCCCUCUUCUGCUUCCUCUAUUCCUCAAGCCAAGUCUAAUAGUAAUAAUAUAAUAUUGGCUGGUUCUGAAGGUAAGGAUCUGAAGGGAUUGAAUAGUGGUUCAACUUCAUCAAAAGCUGAGACUUUGAGCAGUUCUGUAGGAGUUGGUGAUGGUGGGUUAAAAGAACAAGCUGAGGACCACACCCAGGCUGUGUCUUUGUCAGGUAAAGAGGAAGAAUCAGGAUCCAAGGCACGGAGUAAUUCAAGGGACCAGGUUGUUUCUCAGACCCAACUCAAGUAUUCUGCUUCCAGAGCAGAACAGGUUGCUAACGAUCAGAAGGUUUCUUUGGAGAAAUUAAAAAAUUCAUUUAGUAGCGAGGAUAGGGGUGGUGUGUUUAAAGAUCAAGCAGGUGCUGUAGUUAAAAAUCAGGCCGGUGUUCGGGUACAGACUGUAAGUCUAGCUAGCAAGGUGGGAGAUGUAUCAUGUGCUGGAUUUGUGAAUAAAGUGGAAGAUUUUGAAGUGGUUGAUCAACCUGUAAUUCAGUCACGUACUAGGAAUUUCCAGAGUCAUUCUCGCACUCCAUCUGGACAAUUCGAAUCUGGUAGUGGACUAAAACUUAAGGAAGCGUCCUCAAUCCAGCCCAAAUGGCUUGAGAGUGAUCAGCUUCCUUCUCAGCCUCAAUGGAGAUCAUCACAUGCGGGAGGACUUGAGGGGGGUGAAGUGGACUUAAUAUCAUCAGGUAAGCAACAACUAAAACCUGAAGGCUCUGGAGUUCAGAAAAUGAAAUUCCAGAAACAGGUUUCUUCCAAUUAUGAACAGAAAAAGAAAUCCCAGAUCCGGAGGGACGAAAGCAAUUUGGCAAAUGAAGAAAGCAAGUUGGAUUUUGAAGUUAAAAAGGUAUCAGUAAAUCAAGAGAGUUCAGCUACAGUGUCAAAACUGCCAAUUGAGCAGGUGCAGAGAGUAAGGCAGACUAAAGGAAAUCAGGAGCGCAAUGAUGAGCUUAAGAUGAAGGCAAAUGAACUUGAAAAGCUGUAUGCAGAACACAAGCUUCGAGUUCCUGGGGAUCAGUCUAGUUCUGCUAGGAGAAGUAAACCUGCUGACAUGCCAGUAGAAGUGGAAGUAAGUUCACAGUACAAAAAACUGGCACCGGAUGAUACUUCUUUACAAUUACCUGUAAAAAGCAUGGUGAUGGAAUCAGCCAGUGGAUCUAGUAAUAUGGCAAUGUUUAAUACACCACCACCAAGCAAGUUGGUAGAUAACCAUGAUUCUGGUGACUCUCUGAGGCAGAAUUUCUCUGAUCUUAGUUUUUCCGAUGAUUCUAGGGGAAAAUUUUAUGAGAAAUACAUGCAGAAAAGGAAUGCUAAGCUGAAAGAAGAAUGGGGUUCUAAAAGGGCGGAGAAGGAAGCCAAGUUAAUGGCCAUGCAGGAAAGCCUGGAGCAAAGUAGAGCUGAGUUGAUGGCCAAGUUUUCAGGGUCAGCAGACAGACAGGAUUCAGUAUCUGCUGCACGUAGGCGUGCUGAGAAACUCAGAUCUUUUAAUCUGAGUUCUAGUUUAAAGAGGGAACAGUCGAUAGAUUCAUUUCCAAGCGAAGAAGAUGAUGAAGACCCUUCUGAAUUUCCGGGACAAAAGUUUUAUGGACAAGAGAGAUUUCUCCGUGAAGCAUCUCCAGGAGAUGGCUCUUCCAGAUCCACUCAAAGUAAGAGGCUUAAUAGAAAUUUGUCUUCAUCUACUCCUCGGACCAUGGCAGCACCAGCACCAAGGUCGUCAGCCAAACUUUCUAACUCCAAUUCAGGGAGGCGAAGAGCACAAUCAGAAAAUCCUCUGGCACAGUCGGUUCCAAACUUCUCUGAUUUCAGAAAAGAAAACACAAAGCCUGCUUCUGGAGCCAGCAAGCCAACACGCUCACAGGUGAGAACCUAUGCCCGCAACAGGAGUACCAGUGAAGAAGCACCAAAUUUCAAGGAAGAGAAGCCAAAGCGAUCCCAGUCCUUGCGGAAAAGCUCUGCUAAUCCUGUAGAUAUUAAAGAUGUGCCUCCUUUGAGCUCUGAAGGUGUCAUUUUGACACCGUUAAAAUACGAUAAAGAAGAAACUGAGCCUAGUCCAUAUGAAAAGUAUCAGAAAAGCAUGGAGACAAAAUCCUAUCUUAGGAAGGGUAACGGCAUAGGUCCUGGUUCUGGAGCUAGUGUUGCCAAGUUGAAAGCUUCAGUGGCAUUAGAAACUCUGGAAAAUGAAGAAUUGGAUGAAUUGGGCUCUGAGGUAGAUGAGUUUGUUGACAUAGCUAAGGAAGAAGAUGAAGACGAAGACAAUGAUAUUGAAACGAUUGAGGUUGAUGAUUGUGCCAAUAAUGGAAAAUCAAGGCUGAGUCAGGAAUCUGAUAAAUCUGGUCAUUCUGAGUUUGAUAAUGUUGAUUUUACAAGAUCACUUUCUCAAGCGGGCCCUGCUUCAGUUGCAGAAUUACCUGCUGCUAUUCCUUCAGCAUUUCAUGCUGUAGGGUCUAUUCAAGACUCACCUGGAGAAAGCCCUGUUUCUUGGAAUUCACGCAUUCACCUUCCAUUUUCUUACCCACAUGAAACCUCUGACAUUGAUGCUUCAGUGGACUCUCCAAUAGGGAGCCCUGCUUCUUGGAAUUCUCAUGGUCUUGCCCAAACAGAGGCUGAUGCAGCUAGAAUGAGGAAGAAAUGGGGAAGUGCUCAGAAACCUGUUAUUGCUUCUAACUCAUCCUACAAUCAAUCUCGCAAGGACAUGACUAAAGGUUUCAAACGGCUAUUAAAGUUUGGAAGAAAAACUCGUGGAACUGAGAAUUUAGUUGACUGGAUCUCUGCUACAACUUCUGAAGGUGAUGAUGAUACAGAAGAUGGCCGAGAUCCUGCCAAUCGAUCAUCAGAGGAUUUAAGGAAGUCAAGAAUGGGUUUCUUUCAGGGGCCUUCCGAUGAUAGCUUUAACGAAGGCGAAUACAUUGAACAUGUUCAAUCAUUGCAAAGCUCUAUUCCAGCACCUCCAGUAAAUUUUAGACCAAGGGAUGAUCAUGUGUCGGGAAGCUCAUUAAAAGCUCCACGCUCAUUCUUCUCCCUCUCGUUCCGAGGCAAAGGAAGUGAAUCAAAGCCCAGAUGAGUAAACCACAAAACAGCAAGUGCUUGAGAUCUUCAGACAAGUUAGGGUGUAAAGGAUGAUAUAAUAAAAUAUCAAACGCUUGAGAUAGGGAUGACACGGCCAUCGGUAUAAGAUCCACGAUGGAAUUAUGUAUAUCUUAUUGGAUUUUCGGGGCCUUUCUGGUCAUUUAGUUAGUCAUAUAUGAUCAUAUCUAAUAGUUGUGUCCAAAUAUGGUGUAUAUUUAUUCUGAACGAUGAGUCGCUUAUUGGCGUAAUGUAAUUGUGAUUUUUGGUAGUUAAGAGGCAUUCUUUCUCCUUGUUACUUCUAGCUGUGUGCUGUAUAUCUAAGCUUAUAUUAGUUAAAAUCAGCAACGGUGACAUUUUUAAGAAGUGAGAGAUGUAAUAGCUUGUAAAGACAUGGAACUAUUUUUUCAACUCAUCAUUUCUUAUUGAUAUUACCUGAUAUUGCUAUUUCAA